ACGCAUGCGAACCGUGCUGUCCCUAUGCGAGAUUUGUUUGUCAACGAAUGAAUCGGAAAUUCCACAGUGACCCGGAACACUCAAAGUAUAAGUGACGACAGUGUUACUCUUGUCAGGCAGGACUAGAGCAAGUCAUUAACAGGAAAGUGGUUUGAUAUAUUUUUAUUGUACUUAGAGGACAAGAAACUCGUUUCUCGUUUUAUCGCUGCAGACUCGCUAAUACGCAAUUCUCCGAGUGCUCCAACCGGCUUGAUUAGCUUAGCCAGCUAGCAGGCUAACAAGGUGAUGUAGAGACAGCUGUGGUGCGCUCGGGAAAUGUGCUGGAAGUUUGUCUGGAGGUAUUUGAUUAUGAAAGUUUCCUUUUUCAGACUAAUAUGAAGCCUUGUGAUCGCUGCCGUGGAGCAGUAACGGCUUUGUGAAGGUGCCGUGAGGUCGGGGCUCUUGGAUAGUUAUGAGCAGCAUCAACAUUACAACCACAAGCUCCACGUUACGCUGUUAUAGUAAAAGGUCAGCGCUGACACUGUGUUUUCGUGCUGUCACGAGAUGAGUCUCGCCGAUGAUGAAACGCUGCAGGCUGGUAUGUCCUCGGGACUGGAAGGGCAGCUGCCGCUUUUACACGCCAAACAUCACAGCGCCCAGGGCGGUCUGGUGUUGGACCUGAAAUCCCCGGAAGCCUACCUUAGCAGCAGCUCUCCUGAGUACGACACCUAUGAGAAUAACACCGGUCCUCUUUUUGAGAGGAGAAAGAGGUCGAGAUCCAACAGUUCCAGACAUAGGUUCAACGAGGUAGUUACGGAGCUCGGUCCGGAGGAAGUGCGGUGGUUUUACAGAGAGGACAAGAAAACUUGGAAGCCCUUUGUGGGACAUGAUUCACUUAAGAUUGAGUUAAUGUUUCGGAAAUACUGCGAGCUGAACCCUGGUGCAGCAUGUUCACAGACCAGCGGGGGAGAAGAGGACAGUGGCUCUAGAGAUCUGGAGAGCAGGGGGAUGAACGGUGCAGUGCCAGUAGAAACAAGGACCAGCAGUGUGCACGGAGGCCGCGGGUCCUUGGACACAUCCACCGUGUCCUCUGAUGAGAGGGACCUUGACAGCAUUGAAAUCAAUGUAGAGCCUGUUUGUGUUCGAGGAGGACUCUAUGAGGUUGAUAUUAUACAGAGACAAUGCUAUCCUGUCUACUGGAAACAACAAGACCAUAUUCCAGUGAUGAGAGGCCAGUGGUUUAUUGGUGGUACUUGGCUCCCCUUAGAUGAAGAUGAGAGCAACCUCAUUGAGCAGGAGCACCUGAACCAUUUCCGUGGGCAACAGAUGCAGGACACCUUUGAGAUGGAUUUGGUUCCCAGGACCAUUGAUAGCAAAGAUGCUAUCCAUAGCCUAAAGCUGAGUCGAUCACAUGUGGAUUGGCACAGCGUGGAUGAGGUCUACCUCUACAGCGAUGCCACCACUUCCAAAAUUGCACGAACAGUCACCCAAAAGCUGGGCUUCUCCAAAGCCUCAAGCAGCGGUACACGGCUCCAUCGGGGUUAUGUUGAGGAGGCCUCGCCUGAGGACAGACCCCCUCAGACUACACACAUUGUUUUUGUGGUUCAUGGCAUUGGACAGAAGAUGGACCAGGGGCGCAUUAUUAAAAACACUGGAAUGCUGCGGGAGGGUGUGAGGAAGAUGGAGGAGAAACACUUCUCAGAGCACAAUGAAGAACAUGUGGAGUUCCUGCCUGUGGAGUGGCGCUCCAAACUCACAUUGGAUGGAGAUACGGUAGACUCAAUCACACCAGACAAAGUGAGGGGACUGAGAGACCUUCUCAACAGCAGUGCCAUGGACAUCAUGUAUUACAACAGCCCUCUUUACCGGGAUGAAAUUACCAAGGGCCUAACGCAGGAGCUGAACAAGCUCUACACACUUUUCUGUUCACGGAACCCUGAGUUUGAGGAAAGGGGUGGCAAAGUGUCCAUCGUGUCUCACUCCCUGGGCUGCGUCAUCACGUAUGACAUCAUUACGGGUUGGGAUCCUGUGCGGUUUUGUUUGCAGGAGCACCGCGUUGUGGAAGAAGACUUGGACCUUCACUGGAUGUCCUAUGAAGAAAGGCGCCUUUUAGAGCAACUGAGGCAAACAAGGAAUAGGUUACAAGAGCUGGAAAAUCAACUCGCCACACUUGAGGCCUCUAAACCUUCAGCCCCCCCAGCUCUCAAAUUUAAGGUAGAGAAUUUCUUCUGCAUGGGUUCUCCUCUGGCUGUGUUUUUGGCCCUAAGAGGAAUCCGCCCUGGUACCAGUGUCCACCAAGACCACAUCUUGCCCACCUCCAUCUGCAGCAGGCUCUUCAAUGUCUUCCAUCCCACAGACCCUGUGGCCUAUAGAUUGGAACCGCUCAUCUUGAAACAUUACAGCAACAUCGCACCUGUUCAGAUACACUGGUGUAGCGCCACUAACCCCACACCUUACGAUGAGAUCAGGCCUACUUUUCUCAACCCUGUCAAAGAUCCCACGUCUGAUACAGAAAGCAUCCCCAGCCCCAGUACAUCUCCUGUCUUAGCCCGCAGGCACUAUGGGGAGUCCAUCACUAGUCUGGGCAAGGCCAGCAUAUUGGGAGCAGCAAGUAUUGGAAAGGGCAUUGGAGGCAUCCUCUUCUCACGCUUUUCCCGCUCCAACAGCCAGCCCUCAGUGUCUUUGGGACUUGAAGGUGCAGCAAACACUGAAGAAGAGGAGCAGAAGCGCACAGAAAGUCAGUCAGCAUAUGGCCUCUCCACCAUGACACGACCCACCUCACCCACUGCUGACACAUCGUUGGAGCUUGAGCGUCGUGUCGACUUUGAGCUCCGAGAGGGUCUAGUGGAGAGCCGCUACUGGUCAGCGGUGACCUCGCACACAAGCUACUGGUGCUCACAUGACAUAGCUCUUUUCUUGUUGACCUUCAUAUAUAAACAGAAGGCAACAUCCUCUAAUCCAGCAGAUACUCCGGAGCCAGACUGAGGCAGCAUGUUUUUUUUUUUUUUUUUUUUUGUUUUGUUUUACAAAGGAACACACACUUUUAUGCUGUCUUACACCAGUGAAAGCAUUUCUUGUGUUCUUGAUAAGCCUCAAAGUGACUUUGUUCAUUAUUUUUCGAUGCUUACAAACUUCUUAAAUACACUAACAUUAACACUAAAAUCAUUUUUUCUUUGGCUCCUGAUUAAGCACUUUUAAUAUUUGGGAAUCAUUACUAACAGAUUCAGAACUUUAUUCCAAAAUUUUCAUCUUUUGUUAAGUUGCACACAAUUGCGCACCCUAAGGGUGGAUACGGUGGACCGGGAACACUUAUUAAGGAGCAAAAGGCGUUGAUGCACAGGUGUUUGUCUAACUUCAUGCCCAGUCUUAUGUUAGACAGCUGAAUUGUGUCUUUUAUGAGCAUUCAUUUUAUGUUAAAUAAUUCCUAAAUCCACUUGCUCUGCAACAGACUCAGUCUGAAGCUUUGGGACACAUUUGACUAAAACUCAGUCAGUAAGGUGUCAGAUUUUUUCCCUUUUUCUGUUACAUACAAGUAAAAAGUCUUUGUCAAGGUUUUUUUUUCUUCAUAUUAAACAUUUAGCUACUACAUGUCAAGAAGCUCAUGAGAACAAACAAAUGCAAUGUGUAAUAUAUAUAAUAUUUCUUUAGUUUUUCCACAUAAAGUAAAAGAAUCAUAGGGCAUUAUAAAUAAUAUUAUAUUUACUAAUUAUUUUGGCAGUUUGGAGGAAAAACAUAACAAACAUGUCAUUAUUAGUGUUUUCCUUUUUUUUAAAUUUAAGAAUAUUUGUCUCUUGAAAUAGAAUAAAAUCCAUGCAAAGCAUUAGUUUUACACUGCACAAAACAGAAUAUAGCAUUUUUCUUUUAUGUUUAAUUUUCAUUAAUAAAUAGUGCAGUUUUUGUUUACAUACCAGGGGCAAAUGUCUCUUACUAACACAGUAACUCAAUUGUCUUUUACUUAUUUUCUUACUGUGUAGAAAUCCAAAUCUUAGUCUAAAAAUCUUAAUAUUAUGUACAAAAAUUCUCACUUAAAACAGUAUCACCAUUUCAUCCUCAAUCAAGCUUCUACUCUGAGGAUAACUUAUGGAGAUCAUGUUUGCCUUCAUGGCUUUAUAUUGAUAUUCAGAUGAAAUCAUUGGUACUAGAUGUAUUUUUUCUUAAAAACAGAAAUAUUUUUUUCUAGCAACUUUCAGACUCUUGGGGAUAUUAAACUGGAUGUUACCUCACAGAAAAAAAUGGGAUUCAAACUUGUGGCCAAAUAACAUUUAUGUGUCUCCUUUGUUAGCUGUUCUGCUGUAUUAAUGCUAAGGCUAAUACGAAAUCAACAAACAUGUGAUUGGCCUAGGAUUAGAAAAGUAGAUUCUUUAUCUUUAGGCAAUGCCUUGCACAUCAAAAUGCAUUGUAUCUUUUUUUUGCCUUUUUUGUUACCAAUUCACUUUCCCAGGUUGAGCAUUCAGCGUCAUUUGUGUGAAAGUAUUUCUUUGUUCUUAAAAACUUUGUCUAUCAUGUGACAUGUUAUUAUUUAAUUGACUCUGCUUAGAAAUUUAGGCCAAAAAAGAAAAGAUCUGAGGAUAAGAGAUGAUGGCAAAUUGUGAUUUGUUUUCUUUAAAAAAAAAAAAAAAAUUGCCUUCAGUUUGCCAGAGCAUAUAUAAAAAUUACUUAAUUGAGAUUAUUGUAGUUAUCUUUCCAAGUAGUGAUUCUACAGAAACUUGAGUGCUUGCUUACUUUGCAUGAUGUCAAAUUAAGAGAAAAUGGAUGUUGGAACAAGAAAAAGGUGCAGCGUGCCAACACACAUCUAAGAAACUUUAUUAUGACAAAACAAAAACCCACUUGUGAUUGUUUAUGGCUUUUCUAAUUAACACAUUUUAUUUGCUGUAGAUUACAAAAUGAAACUGUCUUUGUGAAUGUUUAUGUGACUUUAGACUUUCUGUCAAUGUCAAAUUUAACUUGUUUUUGGAUUUGUUACAUUGCAAGCUGCAGCUUUACUGUGCCACACAAGGGCUGUCGCUGACUCUACCAACUUGCUGGUGUUUGUUUUAAUGUCUGUGUCACGUGUUCAAAGGCCUACUGACUUAAACCAGGCUGCCUUGAGGAGACGACCUGAUAGGUAACCAGGAAGUAGUACAGAAGCUGGGUCUAAUAAGGGAGUGGGAUAGUAGUGUUACUGUAUUUGAUCUGGUGGCUCUUGCACAUCCAUGGGCUAUGAAUUGCACAGAAACUAUUUUUAACACAGCCCGACCUUUUUUAUUUAUUCAUUUUUGCUAUGUUACAGUGCAUAAAGCAAUUUCAACCUGUUAUUUGGAUAUGUAUUGGGAAAACAGUGCUUCUGCAUCAUUAAAUCAAACAUUGUGGGUACAGCAAAUACAUACUGCAGGAGUGUGGAAUGACCAUUGUAACCAUUAGCAUUGUUUCUAUAACUUGUGUGAAAUUUGCACAUUUUCAUAUUCAGACAUAUUUUCUAAUGUGUCGCAGGCAAGAAACUAGCAGAUUAACUGGAGAGCAUUAAAGAGAAUUUUGUGAACAUAUGCUGUAAGUUUCACUGUAUGAGCGUUUGAUGUACAGCAUUCUGAAUGACGACAAUACAUUAUUUUGUCAAAUAUACCACAAGUAUCAGGGAAAUGUCUGCUGUUACACGUCUUGUAGAUUCAACACUCUUGUCAAUACCAGAUUAAAGCCAUAAUUGAAUUGAAACAGAUUAGCACAGAUGUCCACAGAUUAAUAAAGACCUUACAUGUGGCUUUUCGGAAAGAGAUGUACACUAAAGCUCACUGUGGGUGUGUUAAAUGAAAUGUGUCCAACAGGUAAUGAUGUUGCUUUGAUUUAUUUUUUUUGGAUGGAUAUCUAGAGAAAUGUUUAAUGUCCCUAGAGCUGUGCAAUAACUCAUGCCUGUAUUGGAUUCUAACUGCCAUCCAAAGCACUGUAUAUAUUUCCUUUUUAUAAAGUAUUCCAGUUUGGAUGCAAUCAGUA